AUGGCUGAUGAUACGGAAAUUGAACGUAUGCUUGAAGAAAAAAUGCAUGAAGAUGAACAAAUCAAUAAACAUCAAAACGGAGAAAAAAAGGAAAAGGAAAAAGACAAAGACAAAGAUAAAGAUAAAGACAAAGACAAGGAUAAAGAUAAAGAUAGAGACAAAGACAAAGACAAAAAACACAAGAAACAUAAACAUCACAAACAUCAUAAAUCUCAUAAAAGUGAUAAAAAACAUGAGAGAAAACGAAGUCGAUCAGCGAGACGUAGCCGUUCACCAAUAAAUGAACGCCGUCAUCGUUCACCAACACCACCAACUUUACCAAGUGGAAAGCGACGUGAUGUUAAUUCUGAAUUACAUCAAUUAGCACAAACUUUAAGUCGUCAUAAAAGUUCAAAAGAAACUCCAGCCUCAGCAUCAUCAUCAUCAUCAAAAUCAAAUCGUCGAGAAAAAUCACCAGAAUUAACACCAGAAGAACGAGAUUUACGAACUGUAUUUUGUAUGCAAUUAGCAGCAAUGAUUCGACCACGCGAUCUCGAAGAAUUUUUUUCACGUGUUGGUAAAGUUCGUGAUGUUCGUUUAAUAACAGAUCCUCGAACACGUCGAUCAAAAGGUGUUGCUUAUGUUGAAUUUCGUGAUCUAGCCUGUGUUCAAGCAGCUCUUGCUUUAUCUGGUGAAAAAGUUCUUGGAAUACCAAUUAUUGUUAAACCAUCGAAUGCAGAAAAAAAUCGAUUAGCAGCACAAGCAGCUGCAGCAGCUGCUGCUCAAAAUUCAGUUAUGACUAAUGGUAUAACACCACUUUCAGGAUCAGUUAUACCAACACAUGGACCAAUGAAAUUAUAUGUUGGAUCAUUGCAUUUUAAUAUAACAGAAGAUAUGUUACGUGGUAUAUUUGAACCAUUCGGACGUAUUGAUAAUAUUACAUUAAUGAAAGAUCCUGAUACGAAUCGAUCAAGAGGAUAUGGUUUUAUUCAGUUUGCACAUGCAGAAGAUGCUAAACGUGCGAUGGAAAAUUUAAAUGGUUUUGAAUUAGCUGGACGACCAAUGAAAGUUGGUCACGUUACUGAACGUCCAGGUGAAAUGACCGGUUCAACUGGUACUACUUUUCCAACAUACACUGCCGGCAUACAAUCAUCAUUUGCUUCUGCAUCAAAUCUUGAUUCUGAUGAUCUUGAUCAUCGUGGUAUUAAUUUAGGUGUAACUGGACGUUUAGCUUUAAUGGCUAAAUUAAGUGAAGGUAGUGGAUUACAAAUGCCAAAACAUGCAAGAGAUGCCCUACAAGCUGCGCAUAUUCAAGCAGCUAGUUCUCAACAUGUUCGUAUACCUGAUGCACCUAAUCCACAACAAUUAGCAACAGUAACAGCUGUUGGUACACAAUGUUUCAUGCUUUCAAAUAUGUUUGAUCCAGCUACAGAAGCUAGUCAUAAUCCUGAAUGGGCACAAGAAAUUCGUGAUGAAGUUAUUGAGGAAUGUAAUAAAUUUGGUGGUGUUGUGCAUAUUUAUGUUGAUGAAAAAAGUUCGGAUGGCAACGUUUAUGUUAAAUGCUCGACUAUUGCUAGUGCAAUUAAUACCGUCAAUUCACUUCAUGGUCGAUUCUUUUCUGGUCGUACUGUUAUGGGAAAUUAUAUACCAGCACAAUCUUAUCAUAAGCUCUUUCCUGAAUCAAAUACAGCAACAGCACUUCUUACUACUUCAUAUCAAUAG